AUGUCUAUAAUCGGAGUUCGAGGAAUACCUCCAAAGUUAUCUUUAGAACAAUUUAUAAGGAAACUGGCUCACGUUUUGCACGGACAGUUCGAAGCGUUUAGCGUGAACAAUAAAACGAAGUCAAAGACGUUUUAUUUAAAAUUGUCACAUAGAUUGGAAACGCGUUCUACAAUACAACUUAUCAAUAGAACAAGAUUUCCAUUUCAACUACAGGCAUUUUUGCCAGACAAUGAUAUGAAUUUGCAAGUACCACAGAAGACUAAGAAAAUUCCGAACACACUAAGAAAGGCGUUAAAUAUACCUCUUAAUUUCACACCAGAAGAGAAUAUAUAUGAAAAAUUGGAAAAAAUACAAACAGAAAAACAAUUUCCCACUUGCUAUUGUUUAAGCAAGUGCUACCGUGAUGAAUUCCCUCAUAAAACUGAUGUACAAUUGAUUAAAGAUAUUUACAAAAACUAUCAGCUAGAAAUGGGUUUACCAGAAAUGGAAUUAAAUGAGACUGAAUUCUAUGAUUAUAAAGUUGAAUGUGAUGGUGAGGAUAGCGUCUCAUUAAACAAAGCAAAGAAUUUGAGCCAGAAAUAUUCAAACAAAAUAAUUAAUAAGAUAAUGGAUCACAUAAACAAUUAUGAUUUUGACAAUCAUAAACAUCCUUCGACAACAAUAGAAGUUAGAAAACACAUAAAAAACCUAUCACCAUUAAUACCAAAUAUAGUAAAAUCAAUUAUUAAAGAAAAAUUUGAGAAUCAAGGAAAAGAAACAUUUUCAGUUGUUCGGUUUUCCAUCAAGCAGGUAAAUUCACUUUUAAGACCAGUACUUAAAGGUCAGUUCCGAGUGUUGAAUUUCGAUCCUAAAGUAAAGAAACCUAAGACUUGUUAUGUUUAUCUAUCAGAAAAUCUUGAUCCUCAAAUGGUUUCAAAAACCGUCAGAACAUUAAGAAUAGGACCUUAUAAGUUGUAUGCCUAUCAACCUCCAGAUAUACCCUACUUAAAACUUCGAAAAAGUGCAAAUAAUGUUAUAAAUACCCUCAACAACACAAAUGUUAAACCAAGAUUCACUCCUAAAGUGCUACCAGUUGUAAGAAAACCCUUCAAACCAACAAAACAGAUAAAACAAGUAAAUGUGGAUAAGGGUGUAACGGUUCGAAAAACUCAGCCAAUUUAUUCUGCAGAAAUGGUAAUAAAAUACACUCACGAACAAAUAAUGUUGGAGAUGCAAAGUAAAUAUCCAGGGCUCUAUGACUUGAAUAAGAAGCUUGAUAACAAAUUAUUGGUGGCCGUCGGACAAACAGUACACAAACGUCUUAAAGAAAUAGCAGAUCAUGAGAAUUCUGUAACAUGCAUGGGAUUGAGUAGGACAUAUCGAAGAAUAUUCCUACACUCCGGUGAUUUUCAAUUAAUAUCCACCACAUUGUAUAGAAUUCAGGAUGUAAUGGGAAUGAAAAGAUUACAGCUUUUGGAAAAGGAUUUGAUUGCACCUGUUAUUAAACCAUAUGAUUUUGAUAAAAUUUCUCCUGAACAACUGCAAGCAUCUUCGAGCAAGUAUUCAGAUGAAAUUGUUAAAGCGGUUUUAGAUCAUGUCGGUAAGCUUUCAACAAAAAUAGACCCAUCAAAAGAUCCUGUUGAAGACGAAGCCAGAAUUAAAGUGACAGAGCAACUCAAGAAUAUGUUACCCUACCUUCCCGAUUUAGUCAAAGGUGUGAUUUCAAAACACUUGAUACCUCAAAAGUCUAUUUACUAUGUCGUUAAGAUAUACGGCGAGCCGUGUCUUCCUCCGCGUCGAUUGAUCACAGCCUGGAUGCCGCGCUACAAAAUGUUCAGCGCUGUCCGCUCGGAGCGUAUGUUCAACUUAAUGUUGGCGCGCGUUCCGGCCGCUGAAAUGACAGCCGUGCUAGCCGCUGACGGGACGAUUAUGGGUGAGUGA